AUGUCGGCGCCAAUACCAAAGCCGCCGCCGCAACCAUCAGUCCAGCAGGCAGCGGCGCCGGCGGGAGCAUCAAGCAGGGCGCCUCCACCGGCGCUGCGCCCCUCCAUCUCCAUGUCCGGCCUGCCCGCGGAUCUCGGCCGCCUCCUCGAGACCAAGCAGGGCGCGGACGUGGACUUCGAGGUGUGCGGCAAGGUGUUCGCCGCGCACAAGCUCGUGCUCGCCGCCCGGUCGUCAGUCUUCAUGGAGGAUUUCUUCGGCCCAGCCAAGGAGAAGGCCACCGGCAGCAGCCACAUCCGCAUCUGCGACAUGCACCCCGACGCAUUCGAGGCCCUGCUGCAUUACCUGUACACCGACUCGCUGCCUGCGACGGUGACGAACGCGAGGGAAGAGGCCGCCGUGAUAGCCCAGGAUUUGAUCGUGGCGGCUGACCAGUACAAUCUCAAGGACCUGAAGCCAGUCACUGAGAACAAGCUGUGCGAGCACAGCUUCAGCGCAAGCACGGUGCUGCCGAUGCUGGUGGUAGCCGAGCACCACCAGUGCUGGAAGCUCAAGGACAAGUGCCUGGAGUUCAUCGCUGCUGGGAGGAACACGAGAGCGGUCAUGGCGACGGAUGACGUCGAGCGUCUGGCGAGGCGUUGCCCCGCUGUUGUCAAGGAAGUGCUCGCCAAGAUUCUGGACGCAAGGGAGGCGACGCCAAGCAACCCUCUGAUGGUCAGCGUAGAUGUCUCCUACAUUUAUGCCUUGAUUUUCAUGGUGCCCUUGGGCUUAUGUGUUCUGCUUCUUCAUGUGUUAUUCCGUUAA